GCCGCAAACAAACGAUCACUGUUCAGUGUCUUAUUUUGUUGUUUUGUUGCAUAGCUUCGGUGCGCAAACAAGCCGCACCUUUUAGCGCGUCGUUCGCGUCGCAUUAUUGUUGUUGUAGCACCAAAGUAUACCACAAGAGCGACAAGGACCAACUGAUUUUUUAAAACUUUUCAACAACGAAUUUUGCCCGUUUUUUACAAUAUUUAAUAGUUUUAGAUAAUCUAAGUUUAAAGUGUUUUGUAAACACCUCAGUGUGUAGUUAAGUUCGAAAGUUAAUAUUUUGUGUGGAAAUACCGUUGUACCGUUAUAUGUGUGUACAUGUCCGUCAAUUGUGAUAGCAAGUUAGUGGUUUAGCAACUUGAUUUAACUGUUUUAAAUAAAGUCAUUCGUUAUAGUUACACUACGUACAGCUUGAAGUGUAGAAUUUUUUAAACCAAAAAUAUAAUUGUAACAGAAGCGAAAAAGCUGUGAGAAUCGUCAACAAAAAACUUUGUAUUAUUUGUGGACUCGUACAUUUUUGUAAUAACUGUAAUAUUAACCUCGAAGCAGCAACUGAAAUCAAAGAACUUGAAUUUUAAGUAAACGUUACAUAAAUCUCUAAGUUAUCAAAACAUAUUUAAGUUGUCUGGUAUGUUUUUUUAAGUAAUUAAAACCAAUAGCAUUAAUUGAAUUCCAACUCGAAUAUUUUCCAUUCCAAGAAACAGUAUUUUGUGAAGCGAAAACCGAAACUGAUACAAGUUUUCAAUUCACACAUCCUACACACACACUCCCUCGCUCUCUCAAGUAUUGAACACAUUCUUUUAAUUAAGUUACUACUUCUAUAAGCAAACUAAACGCAAACUCUCAACAUCAUGUCUAUGCUCAAGCGCAAAUGCACGCUACUCUUUAGUGUCUGCACGAUGACGCUAGUGCUCGCUUGUCUUUUGAAGCAGCCGAACGCGGUUAAUGCAUGCUCUAGUCGCUCCAUACCGAAGCCACGCACACUCUCCUCGGCAGCCUCAUCGCUUUCGCCACAAAAGUCGACAACAUCCGCUACGACCACGACCACUACUACCACCACCACCACCACAGAGCCGACCACCACUACCACAACAACACCGCGACCAAACAUCACGUUCCCAACGUACAAGUGUCCGGUGAACUACGACGCUUGGUAUUGCUUGAAUGAUGCCACCUGUUUCUCGGUUAAGCUGGGCGAUUCGGUCAUGUAUAAUUGCGAGUGCGCAAACGGUUUUAUGGGGCCACGCUGCGAGUACAAGGAGUACGAUGCAUCCUUCUUGCCGAAACGACCACGUCCAAUGCUCGAGGAGGCGAGCAUCGCAAGCGGCGCCAUUUGUGCGCUACUCUUUGUGCUCUUCAUCUGUUUGACGCUCUAUUUACGCUAUGAGCAGCGUAGUAAAUUGCAUGCGGAGGACUACAAGAUCACUGACUCUACGGAGGACGAUGAAGAGUGUGAGAACACCUAUUUCUCAACCAAGGCAUGUCGCUACUGCAAUGAGCCGCAAUGUUGCGGUGCAGCUAAGGUCAGAGCUGUUGGUGAUGCCAGCGGUAACGGCUUGCGUGGUCGUGUCUAUGGCGCUGCCGAGGGCGGUGCUAGUGCACCAUCGUUGCGCCGUUACAUUGAAGCGAUUUCUAUGUCAUUCGCUAUCAAGCGCACGACCAAAAUGUAAAAUUGGAAUUAAACGUAUAUGAAA